AGUAAGUGUGUGUUAGUUCGCUCUUGCACCAAAAGAGGGAACACACACUUUACUGGUCAGACUACAGACCUUCUCACCAAAUAUUAAGACAACCCAGGGGAUGCAGGAACUUGAAAUAUUGGAUUAUGUUAAUGAGCAGCCAAGACAUGACCAGAGACGCAGGGGGGAUGAAAAUCAAACAGGGAGAAGACUCUAUCAGGUGCUCUUCCUCUGCUUUGGCAUGCUGUGUAUCAUACAAGCCACUCUCAAUGUUUCUCUGCGCCUUACUUUGUACUCAAGCAAGGAACCAACCCACUUGGACUGCAACUCAACUCAUUUAAGUGACCGAAACCAGGUGACGGUGGUGCAGGAUUGUGAGCAAAGGAAACCUGAUCACUGCAACAGCUUACAAGAAAGAUUCAACGCCUUGACCAGAGACAAAAACCGGCUUGAAAACCGAAACACUGAACUCAUCAACAUGAUAAAGAAGGUGGAGGAGGAGCGAAACUGGCUUAAGAUGAGUCUGAUGGGGCUGAGUGAGUCCUCUCAACAGUGUCCUGCAGGUUGGAUAAAGAUCAACUCAAGAUGUUACUUCCUCUCCAGUGAGAAAAAAACAUGGGAGGAGAGCAGACAACACUGUCAGAGUAAAGGUGCUGACCUGGUGGUCAUCAACAGCAAACAGGAACAGAUGGCCUUGUACCAUCUGGAUGGAUCUAAUGACCUCGUGGUCUGGAUUGGUCUGUAUGACACUGAGACAGCUGAGACCUUCAAAUGGGUGGAUGGAUCUGCGCUGACUGAACCAUUUUGGAAGUCCGGCCAGCCAGACCGCGGUGGUCCCAACAACAAAGAGGGCUGUGUGGAGAUGUUUCACCGCGACCCAGUGCUGGCCAACUGGAACGACGCCCCCUGUGAACACAAGCUGCGCUGGUUGUGUGAGAAGGAUCCAUGUAUCUGUCAUAAUAUCAGAACAUAAUAUGUGUAUGUACAUGUGAAUUAAUAAAUGUACUUUUGUAUUCAGCAGAACUAAGAAGUUCACAUUUAAAAAAGAAAGUGUAAAAAUAAAACAAGCAGAUCCCCUGGAAAAUAGAAGACAGCAAUGAUCUCCCAUAGCUGUUGGUGUGAAUUUUGUUAUUGAUAGCCAACAUACUAGAUCAAUUAAUAGAAAUAGAAUGAUCAGUUAGUAAUCAAUAAUACAGAUCAUUGUAAUGUAAUUUAGUCCUCAUUUAUGGUUUGCACACAUUGAUUGCAUGUAGAGUAUUUGUCAAGAUGUUAUGAGCAGCUUUAUAGUUCCCUUUUACCUACACAAUGACGGCAGGGAAGAGUUCUCUCACCUUAAGUUUCAACUCUCUGUGAUAUGUUGUGACUGGAUUAAAUGGCUUAAUAUCACCGGAGACCCAGACGCAGUAAUUUCUAUAUAAUCCCAUUUUAAUAAAGAGUCAUGGUUAUGUACGUAGAGCUCAGCACAAUCUUCUUUGUUCCCCAGUUGUUGUCAGGCUGUGGAGGAUACCAAUAAUAUAAUAAUUCAAAAAUAA